CCACUAAAUUAUCAUAUUAAUUCGACUGCUUGCUUCCUUGAAAGUAAUCAUUCCAUUAAUCUACUGACUUCAAAAUGUCUGAAAUAAGAUCCAGCUAUCUCACUUGGGAUCAAAUUAUAGUCUUGGAUCAAGUGUUGGAAGACAUAAUUCCAAUUCAUGGAAGGAGAAAUUUUCCCACACUGGAGGUAAAACCAAAAGAUAUCAUUCAGGUUGUGAAAGACCAACUCAUAGAGCAAGGAAUUAUUGUUAAAGAUACUCGAUUGAAUGGUUCCACAGCAAGUCAUGUACUUGCAAGCCGUAAUGGAAUCAGCUAUAAGGAUUUGGAUGUUAUUUUUGGUGUCGAGCUUCCAAAUGAUCAAGAAUUUCAGGUUGUUAAGGAUACAGUUCUUAGUUGCCUACUCGACUUUUUACCUAAAGGUGUUAAAAAGGAAAAGAUCACCCCAAAGACCAUGAAAGAGGCUUAUGUGCAGAAGAUGGUCAAAGUCUGCGAUAAGCAUGAUCGCUGGAGUCUCAUCUCUCUUUCAAACAACACUGGGAAGAAUGUAGAACUAAAAUUUGUGGAUUCACUCAGACGACAAUUUGAAUUUAGUGUUGAUUCCUUUCAAAUCAUCCUAGAUUCCAUGUUAGCCUUUUACACUGACAAAAAUGCUAAGCUUACCCAAGAAUCCUAUCCUGCUGUGCUAGCUGAAAGCAUGUAUGGAGACUUUCAGGAAGCAAUGACACAUUUGCAGUACAAGCUUAUAUCUACCAGAAAACCUGAAGAGAUUAGAGGUGGUGGCCUUCUCAAGUACAGCAACUUGCUGGUUCGUAACUUCAGGCCAGCUUGUGAAACAGAAAUCAAGAUCCUGGAACGUUAUAUGUGUUCUAGGUUCUUCAUUGAUUUUCCUGAUGUAGGAGAACAGCAAAAGAAGAUUGAAUCAUACCUCCGAAACCAUUUCAUAGGUGAAGAAAAGAGCAAGUAUGAUUACCUUAUGACCUUGCGUGGAGUUGUGAAUGAAAGCACUGUUUGCCUUAUGUCUCAUGAAAGAACACAGACUCUCAACAUGAUCACCAUUAUGGCUUUAAAAGUACUUGGAGAACAGAAUAUAUUGCCCCAUAGCAAGGCACCUGAGGCUAUGGUUCUGUCCGCUGUGCCAAACAAAACCUGGACCCACUUUCAUGGUUAUGUUUUCCUGGCUACUCAGCCAGGGGUGCCAUUUGGUGGCCAGUCCAUGCCCACCGGGUCAAGGGAGAAUGCUUGCCACCAUCCUACCCUAGAGAUUUCUCCAGAGAGCCUUUCACCUGUGACCUGGAGGACUUGGCCUGGAUCCAAUGUUAUCUCCUUGAGAGGCAAUGAAGGAAUCUUGCUUCAGACCUCAUUCAUCAUGAUUGUCAGGACCUUCAACUUGGUGCCUGCCAAAAGGCCAGAUCUCUCUGACCAGCCACAACAUGAAUCUGAUCUCAGUUGUUUCGUAGAUGGGAGCAGCUUUGUGGAAAAUGGAAAAUGGGAGAUGGAUUAUGCAAUCAGAAGCCUUACCAAAGUCUUGUUGGAAGCACAGACACUCCCUCAGGGAACAUCAGUGCAGAUGGCUGAGCUAAUCACCAUGCUCCAGGCAUUGAGAAUGGCCCAGGGUCAGAAGUAUUUGCAGAUAACAGGGCAAACUUUACAGACCCUGCGGGAGGCUAAUACUCUUUCUACAGACCACUUCCUGAGGUCCCUGUACAUAUGGCUGAGCCGUGAAUUGGGACUACUGAAAAACUGGAAUCCUGAAGAUGUCCCCUAUGAAGUCUUGUUGUACACACCUACUGUGGUGAAAAUGAAUGGCAAAGGGUCAUGGCUACACCACACCAGGAUUAAGACUGCCUGUGCAUAG